CGCACAACCAGCCCUCAAACGAUGCAAUACAACCUCUCCGAUGAAUACAACCUCUCCAAGUUGUACGACCAGCUGUAUCGUGUUUGGCUUGCAUAACAACAUCGAACUCGACGAUAGGCAAGCACACAAAAUCAGAAAUACACAGAAAAAAUAAAGUUAGUCUCACAUGAACAAGCCGAAAGCAAGCAACGAUCUGGAAAGCAAUUGUGCGAUCUGUCGGACGAACGAGAAAGAAAAGAAGAGAAGCAAGAAACAGAGAAGACCUAUUACAAAGAAAUAAAAUCAUAAGUGAUUACUGCUGCGCAAGAAAGAAUUAGAAUUCAAAAAGUGUGCGCAAAAGAAACGAAAGGGAAACACGAAACAAAGAAAACACGUUUGAAGCUCGCUCUUAGAACUCGCGUCAGAACUUUGUUAAAAUACAACAAACAAAAAAUAAAACAAAAUACAAACAAGCAAGCGUUCAAUAAUAAAAUUUCCUAUUGUGUCUUCUAAAGAAUCUAAAUAACAAUUUUACAAUUUUGAAAAUAAAAGGUGAAAUAUCGAAACAUAGCAAGCUUGUGGGAUUAUGGAUUAUUAACGUGUUUGUGUGCUGCGUGUGUGUUUGUCUUUUAAUUGCUCCUUGCUCCUUUAUGCUUCUCUGUGCGUCCUCGACGUCUCCCAUAAAAACAUAGCCCCAGCGAGUACAAAAAUCGAUCAUUGGAUUUCUUGACUCCCUCCUCGGUGUCGGUGGAACAAAAAAAUUGUUGCGCUGUUUGCUCGAUGCAAAGUUAUUUGUAAACUAGAAGUGUUUGGAGAAGAGAGUGAGAACUCGUCUCUAUUUGGUGCUUGCCAAAGGAAGAGAGCGUGAGUGGAAUCAGAACGGUGUGUGAAUGUUGUUCUUAUUGUUUGUUCAUUGUAUGCCUCUCAGAGCAGUUAGCAGUCGGUGUGUUGUGUGAUCCCAUACAAAUGUAAAAACACUUAUCACAUCUUCUUCGUCGUCGUUCAUCCCCCGCCAACAGGCUCGAUUCGUGCUAUCAUUCAUUGUGUGUACAUUGAAAAAAGACCAUACAAAAGAAGCCAGCACUUGGAGAAUAAAAUAUAUAACAAUUAAAAUUACAUAGCAGAACACCGUACCGCUGACACACAAAUAUAUGUGCUUACAUUGUUUUUUAAUCAAUAAAUAAAAAAUAACAAACUAGAAAAUUCCAAAUUAUCAAAAAAUACAACAAAACUGUGUGAGAAAUUACAAAAGUGCAAAGUUGUCCAUCGUAUAAGGACUAAAGGCAAACGAACUUUGGAUUUUACAUCGUGUAAAUAUUUCGCCCGUUCCUUCUAUUCGCUCCUGCACCGGAGUUUAGUAAGCUUGUGCGUGACCAAGCCCCCCACACCUGUUGCAUGUCUAAUUAAAAGGAAACCGAAAACAACACAGAAAAACAGCGAAAAUGUCUGCAGCUAUUGUGCAAAAGAGUAACACAACUACAACAACAAAAACCUCAUCGAACACCGCCAUUUAUUUUGAUUGUGGCGACAUAUUUACAACGAAUAAAAGCAUCGAUAAACCUCUGCAGAGCCAUCAUCUAUCCAAUGGACACAUAAAUGGCGGCAACUCCAUAACUGAACUCAACAUAAUGGAUAUUGCCUGUUCGAAUAACUCAUCAAUGGAUCACAUGGAUCAAAUGGAUCAAUUGCAACAGAACACCAACACCACCAACAACGCUUCCCAAACUAAGGCGCUCAAUCAUCCGACAUAUCGUUUGCAUGCAGCCCUGACGCGUACUAUUUCUACGCCACAGCCACAAAUUAAGCCACCAACAGCAACAGCAGCACACCAUCUGAAUCAUUUACAACAACAGCAGCAGCAACAGCUUCAACAGUCACAACAGCAGCAACAGGAGCCAAAUGUAGCCGCAUUAGUAAAUCUCAUCGAGACAAUGGGCAAUGUUAACUUGCAUCGAAAAUUGGAAAGAACACAAUCGGAGCCAUUGCCGCAACAAGUUAAUGCAUCAAGGUACAAAACUGAACUUUGUCGCCCCUUUGAAGAAGCAGGCGAAUGCAAGUAUGGUGAAAAGUGCCAAUUUGCCCAUGGCUAUCAUGAACUGCGCAACUUGCAAAGACAUCCGAAAUAUAAAACGGAAUAUUGCCGUACUUUCCAUAGUGUGGGAUUUUGUCCAUAUGGGCCACGUUGUCACUUUGUACAUAAUGCCGAUGAAGCACGUGCCCUUCAGCAACAACAGCAACAGCAGCAACAACAACAGCAGCAGCAGCAACAACAACAAUAUCAACAACAAACAAAGCUACAAAAUCAUUCCAAUUAUAUGAGCAAUUAUCCGUUGAGUGGCAAAUCUAGUCUCAAUGGAACUGGAGGCAAUAUUAAUCAUUCCCUACCAUUAAGCCCACCCUUGAGUAUGUCGACUGGAUCUGAUCGCGAAUCGCCCACUGGAUCAUUGUCUCUAUCACCAACAAGUUCCAUGACAAAUUUUCCAUUUGGGGAACAGAUUAGUCCAGCCAACUCUGUCUUCCAAACGGCUUUCAGUUAUGUAAAUACACCACCCGAAAGUCCCAAUGCACCCAUGUCUCCAGUGAAUACACCACCACCCACUCUAAUGCUGGGCCAGGCCCCCAUUUACAUUAAACCAUUGGUGGCCAAUACAAAUGGACAGUCAGUUGCAGCUCCCUGCAAGCAAUUGUUGCAGAAAAGCUCCAGCUCCCCCAUAGCAAUCAUUAGGAAUGUGGGCGGUGGUGCCAGUAAAACUCCAACCAAAGUCAACUCUGUGUCAUCGUUGAAUGGUGCUGUGGCAGCCGAUGAGGCACGUCUACCUGUGUUCAAUCGCAUUAGCUCAGUAGCAGAUACAUUCUCCCAUAUAGCUUUAUAAAUCUUCUUCAAUAUUUACAUGCAACAAACAUACAACAACAAUGAUCUGUCUGUCUUAUCAUUAUCAUAAUCAUAAUAAUUAUUAUUAUUAUUAAUUAGUGGUAGUAGUAAUAGUUUAAAUUUAUUACUUAAACGUAAGCGUAACAACGUAAGACAAAUGCAAAGCAUACGAACAAGAAUAGCAGCAACACCAGCAGAACAGUAAAGCCUACAGUUGUUGGCUAGCGUCGCUUACGUUGAAAGGCAAUAAUAGACACGAAAAAUAAUGAAUACAAACCCCUCCAAAAUCUCAAUAUAAAGCUAUUUGCCUUAUGCGCACAAAUGCCUCCCCUUUCCCUCCUACACACAAGCACACACAUAUCGUUAUCAAAAACAAAGCAAAUAUAUAAAAAUAAAUUAUUUAUAAAUUCCAUACAUGUUUGCAUAUAUAUUGGCCUUAUGGGCAAAUUUUACUCCCAUAUUUACAUUAAAAACGCAAUGAUGAAUGCGUACACCCAUCAAUAUAUUUUUUGUCAAUACAUCUCUUUCACUUUCUUCCUACCCUCGUUUUCCUUCUUUACUAUAUUAUUAUAUUUUUAUACAUGCCUUGCUAUUAUAACGAUACGUCUAUAUUUUUUAAUUGUUAUUUAUAAAAAAUUAAAAAAAUUAAGAUUUGUUUAUAUACAAUUUAUACACCCAAAGGACAACAAUAACUUAGCCACAUCGCGCUCACAACAUAAUUUCAAUAGAUACAAGCCUUUACAAGCGUUGACAAAAGAUUACCAGACAUAUACAAAUACAAAAAUUCAUUCACACCGAUUAUCUUUACAUAAAUUUCAUAUGUAACAGAAGACACAUAAACUGAUACACAAUGCACCAACCAACCAACCAACCAACCAAUCUGCAUAUCAUUAUAAACUUUUUAUUUUAUUGGAAAUUAUUUAAACAAACAAAAAAAAUAUAUAUAUCUCAAAAUAUCCGAAAAAUAAAUACACACACACUAUUAUUAUAAAUUUAUAUAACUACUAUUAUUAUUAUUUAUAAUUUAUAUAUAUUUAAUUUUACACUCGAUUAUCCAUAGUUAGUGGGUAUGAUUUUUGAGAAACUUUUUAUAUUAUUAAUAUUAUUAUAUACAUAUAUAAACAAUUAAUUAUUACUUUUAUUUAAAGAAAAUCGAUUUAAAUUUAAUGUAAAUGUAAAUUUUUUUCUUCUGGCUGGGUUGCUUUAUGAUCUAAACGAUGUAAAAACAAAACAAAAAAUAUUGUUUGCAUUUAUUAAAAUUAAUCUUUUUUUAUUUAUUUUCUCUUCCUUUAAUUUAUAUAACUUAGACAAACAAAAUUUGUACGACAAAAGACAUUUAAAAAGACCAGAGAAUAUAAGAUCUUUUUAUAACACACACACACAUUUAUACACUUAAGACAAAUUAGAUGUUUCCGAUUUCAAAUUUAUAACAAAUUAAAAAAAAAAUAAAUAAGCAAAGGAGUGAUAUUUUCAAAAUAUAUACAAACAAAUGUGAAAAAAUACAAAUUUAAUUUUUAACUUAACAAACCAAUCAUCCAUCGAGUUAUUGAAAGAGAGACAAAAAUGAGUUUUUAUAUACAUAUAUUUAUAAGAUUACAUACAUAUGUACAUACGUGACAGUGACAACAGGAAGGUAGUAAUCGUCCAAUUGUGCCAACAUUUCACAAAAUGGAAACAACGGCUGGCUCCCAUUCUCUGAAAAGCUUGGAAACAUUUAAAACCACGUACAAAUGAAAUCUACAUUCGCAAUCCUAAAAGUAUGUUUAAAACUAAAACACGAUAAUGAUAACUGCAAAAGGAUUUGGAAUAAUGAUUGGACAGGAAUUUUGUGCAAAAUGGUUUGUCAUAAAACGAGAACUUUUCAUUGAAAAAGUUAAUUAUUUUUGGAAUUCAUCUUCAAUGAAAACAGCACUAUGUGUAAGUGUCGCUUUAUGACAAAUUGUCGAUCGUAUCAAAUAAAUAUCGAUAAUGAAAAUGUCCUUUAGCACAAACGAAGAACAUCGAACCGACCAAUUGACCGUCAAUCCAUCACUGACAUUAGACCCUAAUGUUAGAUUUCUUUUGUAGAUAAUUUUGUUUUGCCAAUUU